AUGCAUCUCUACGACAUUCUCCCGCUCACUCUCCUCACUUUUUUCACAUCCGCCGAGCUCAUCAGGAUAUCACGGCGGAAUGAAGAUUUGACAGUCAGCCCGCGGGCACGCCCCGACGGGCCCGGCGGGGGCUAUGCGCCGGCCGAAGUGCCGUGCCCAGACGAAAGGCCCACCGUCCGCUUCGCCAACGAGCUUUCUCAGAGCGAGAUAGACUGGCUUGCAAAACGCCGCCCACUCACCGUCGACCCAAUGAUCGACUUCUUGAAGCGGGCCAACAUCGACGGUUUCGAUGCGGAAGACUACAUCAGGAAGGUGGCUUCGAAUGUCAAGGACCUGCCCAACAUUGGCAUCGCUGUGUCCGGAGGCGGCUACCGUGCCCUGAUGAACGGCGCCGGGUUCGUCGCUGCUGCUGACAGUCGCACCCCGGGCACCACGGGCACCGGCGGCAUUGGCGGACUUCUCCAGUCAAGUACGUACCUGGCCGGCCUGUCAGGCGGUGGCUGGCUGGUCAGCAGUAUCUAUGCCAACAAUUUUUCGACUGUCGAGACGCUGCGGAAUGGGAGGAAGGACAGCAGCAUUUGGAACUUUGCAGACUCCAUCUUUGUCGGCCCAAACUUGCCCGGCGUCUUCGACACGGCUAGGUAUUGGGCCGACGUCGCCGGCCAGGUGAGCGACAAGCGGGACGCCGACUUCGAGACGUCCAUCACGGAUUAUUGGGGCAGAGCGCUGUCUUACCAGCUGAUCGACGCACCUGACGGCGGUCCGUCAUACACCUUUUCCAGCAUCGCCGACGACGACGACUUCUCGAAUGGUCGCGCCCCGUUCCCCAUCUUGCUCGCGGAUAGUAGAUACCCCGGUGAGAGGAUCAUCUCGCUGAACGCGACCGUCUUCGAGUUCAACCCCUUCGAGAUGGGCUCGUGGGACCCGACCACCUUCGGCUUCGUCCCGAUCAGGUACCUCGCCUCCAAUUUUUCCGGCGGCGUCGUCCCGUCCGGUGGCCGGUGCAUCCGCGGCUUUGAUUCGAUCAGUUACAUUUUCGGCACCAGCAGCUCCCUCUUCAACGCCUUUUUGCUGCAAAACAUCAGCUCGAUCGACGGUGUCCCCGACUUCCUGCUCCAGGCCGCCGUGGGCGUCCUCGAAAGCCUGGACGACUCCAACAAUGACAUUGCUCAAUACGUACCCAACCCCUUCUUGGGCUGGAACAACGGCACCAACCCAACCUCCGACACCAUCGCGCUCGACUUGGUCGACGGCGGCAUGGAUCUGCAAAACAUUCCCCUGCACCCUCUCCUCCAGCCGCUCCGCGCCGUCGACGUCAUCUUCGCCGUAGACUCCUCGGCCGACACCAUCUACUCCUGGCCCAACGGCACCGCCCUCCGCGCCACCUACGACCGCUCCCUAUCCCCCAUCGCAAACGGCACCCAAUUCCCCCCUGUCCCCGACGACAAGACAUUCCUCGCGCUCGGCCUCAACAGCCGGCCGACCUUCUUCGGCUGCGACGCAGCCAACUUCUCCUCCUCAUCCUCCUCCUCCCCGCCUCCGCUGGUCGUCUACCUGCCUAAUGCGCCCUACACGGCCUUCUCCAACGUGACGACCUUCACCCCGUCCUACCCGGACAACCAGCGCGACGCCAUCAUCCGCAACGGCCUCGACGCCGCCACCCAGGGAAACGGCACGCUCGACGGCCAAUGGCUCACUUGCGUCGCGUGCGCCGUGCUGAGCCGUAGCUGGACGAGGACGGGCACGGCCGUGCCGGCCGCGUGCGAGGCUUGCUUUGAGAGGUACUGCUGGAACGGGACGACAGCGGGCGCCAGCGCUGCGGUGGUAGGAGGGGGCGGCGGGGCCGAGUACAGUCCUACGUUGAAGAUUGGGGGUGGGGAUGGGAGCUCGGGCGAGUCUGGUGCGUCGGGCAGUGUUAGGGUGGCGGUGGGCAGGUCGGGGCGGGCGCUGGCUGUAGGGUUGGUGGCCGCGCUGAUGGUCUUGUGA